AUGGCGAUUUAUUCCGUUUCGAACGCCCAGUUGCAACCAGAGUCUUGUAUCACUGAAGGGUGCUGGAACGUUGACUUCAAAACGGCCGAAAAAGCUGCCGAGUGCUGCAUGGCCAAGAGGGGCGACAACGAUAAGCAGGCGUUCGUCUACAAAGCGAUCCACGAGCUAGGGGCAAUGGUGGAGAGCUCCACGGGAGAGCAUAGCCCGAGUCGUCCAUCGACCAGAGGACGGUACCAACGCAUCUCGGUUCAUGAAACGAUGCAAAGCGCGCAAGUCGCGAUUCAGCUCCAAAACGCGUUCAGCUACGUGUUCAUGUUCAACACGGGGAAGCGGUUUCAUGCCAAGGUCUAUAGGUGUGUUGAUCACCGCAGCUGCAAUCGCUACUUCCGCGUAAUGGAGAUCAACGGAGAAGACGAUCGUGAUAGUCGCUGUUUUGCAGUCGAAGCUCGUGGUUCACAUUCAAUUACACUUAAGGGACAGGACCAAGAUGGAGUAUUUGCGUCGACCGACGGAACGUACAAGCUCCACUAUGGUGGCUGGGUGCUGGUUGCAUUUGGAACGUACCAGUCGCACUUCACUGCCGAGAAGAAAUACAGCAAGUCUUUCGUGCCCUGGGCGUACAUGUUCAACAAUAUCAAGGUGAACAUUACCCAGAUGCAUAAGACGAGGACGCCUGCACAAUUCGAGGCAGUGUCGAAAAAGCUGUGUUUGCAGCGCUGGCAGGCAGAUGGGCAGCAUGAAUAUGCGGCUUGGUUCGAGAAAAUAUACCUGACAGACACGUGGACGCGAUGGUACACGACAAGCGGCGCCCCCGGUGCCCUUCCGAAUCAAAACCCCCUGGAGUCACACAACGCUGUGAUUAAAACUUGUGGCGUGACAGCAAAGCGUGCGAAAACAGGCGUUGUUCUCAACGACUCAAUUCCUGGCGUUUUCUCGUUGAUGAGCGCGGCCUCACCGACCAGCGCGAUUAGCCACUUCUCCGGAGACGACACCAUUCACCAGGCAGUGCGCCACACUAGCUCAUCGAUGUACUACAAGAAGACGAAGGUUGUGAACAGAAAGAGGGUGCCACGAUCGUUCCUGUUCAACGCAACCGAAUACAUGGACACAGAUACAGAUCCUGCAUGUGAGGUUACGAAAGUGAGAGUCGACAGAUACCUCGAAGCCAAGGUCGGAAAACUUAGGGAGUCCGAUACGGUGGAAGAUAUCAACAUCCACUAUCUCUGUCUGCAUGAGGUGGAGAUUCUGAACCAUUCAGAUCGGGCCAAAACAUUUCAACUACAGCUCCAUCCUGUGAUCUCGAUGGAUAAUAUCCGUGAAAUACGGGCGCUCUUCCGAUGCGAUUGCAAAAUGUUUUGGUCGACAGGGAAGCAAUUCGAUCUGACUGUCGCCAAAAAAAAUCUUCCUACCACGAAACUUUGCGGGGGACAACGCAAAAUCGCUGGUGCACUCUUCAUUGAUGCACCCGACUGCCGCACGUUUUCGAUUCCAUCCCUGGAAAAGAAGUUGACGAAGAAACCGCACAAUCCUUAUGGCUGGCAGAUAGCAAAGGAUUUUGCCGUUGUCGUCAACGGAGAAGAGGAGGACAUCAGCAUGAUUAUCACAAUUCAAGCCUACUCAAGUCGGGGUGGUAGAUAUAGAUGGCUUGUCGACUUCGAGGGAGGCAAGCAAGUCUUCCUAGAGUGCCAGCAAUUGGUGCAGCUGAUCGUAGAAUCAAGACGUACUGGCCUCGAUGUUACAAAGGAUGCUGCCGCCCACGCAAACACACACGAAUCGCAUCCCCGCAGUGUCGACCGUGACGCCGACGACGAUCAGGACUUGGACAGCUAA